UUUAUUUCCAAUGAGGGAAGACCAAUUUUGCAUUUGCAUUCUAUCCCCCACAUCCAUCAUGGCAGGGUACGCGUCCAUCAGCCUCCGCGAUGAGUCCACGCCUUUGACGCCUCGCGGUCGAACCAAGCAAGCGGCGUCGUCGUCUUCGUACAAGCUGCUGCUGGGGUUGGUUGGCGGGCUCUGUUUCGUGGUGGGAUCGACGCAUUUGCUGGCUCCGCUGGCAUUGACCUACCCUUCUACCGUGUCCAACUUGCACAAGUCAACGACCGAAUCUGCCUCUUCAUCGAUCCACCUUCACCACCCCGAACGUAAGGUCACCAAGAAGCCCAACGCCACCGACGACGACGACGAGCUGUUCUGUGGGAUUGCCCGCCAAAAGUCUGGUUACAUCAAGCUGCCGCACAAGGAAGACGACCAUUACUUUUAUUGGUUCUUCGAGUCGCGUCGCAACAGCAACACCGACCCCCUCGUCUUGUGGCUCACGGGAGGGCCAGGAUGUUCGAGCAUGAUGGCGCUGCUCCAUGAAAACGGUCCAUGUGUGAUAGACAAGGACCUCAGAACCCAGCUGAACCCGCUGUCGUGGAACAACAUUGCCAACAUGCUGUGGCUGGACCAGCCCACGGGCGUCGGGUUUUCCUACGGCGCGUCCGAGGACUUUGAUUCGAACGAAGACCAAGUGGGCGAGAACAUCUGGAACUUUCUCCAGGGCUGGCUGCGCGAGAACCCGUCGUUUAUCGGCCGCGACUUUUUCAUCGUUGGCGAGUCGUACGGUGGCCAUUUUGUGCCCGCGGCUGCGCAUUCGAUUUACACGCAAAACAAACUCUCCAAGGGGCGGCACAUUCCCCUGCAAGGCAUUGCCAUCGGCAACGGACUCACGGAUCCGUUGGUGCAGUACGCCCACGCUACGGACAUGACCACCAACGCAUACAACUUGACGUUGGUCUCCGACAAGCAAAGGGACGAGAUGAACGCGCUUGUCCCCGAAUGCAUUCGGCUGAUUGCCUCCUGCCAGAAUGACUCGACCGUGUGCGACGAUGCGCUCGGGUUCUGCCAUGGGAACCUCGUCACACCACUGUUCACCACCACCUCACGCAACCCGUACGACAUCCGGUUGGACUGCCCCGGCCAGCAAGGGGUGGGGUGCUACGACUUUAGCUACAUCGAAGCGUUUUUGAAUGCCCCUGGCACCAUGGCCAAGUUGGGGGUGAACACAGACCGCGUGCCCGUGUGGAAAGAGUGCAAUUUCGACAUUAAUCAACAGUUCUCGCUGGAUUGGAUGAAGGUGUACUCGCAACUGGUGCCCCCAUUGUUGGAAGAUGGGAUCCGAGUGCUCAUUUAUGCUGGGGACGCCGACUUGAUGGUCAACUGGCAGGGCAACGAAGCGUGGACGCUGGCGCUGCCAUGGUCCGGCCAACGCGAGUUCAAGCGCGCCACGGAAAAACCCACGUUGUUUCAAGGCAAACAAGUGGGAUACUCGCGGUCGUACGAGAACUUGGCCUUCUUGCGCGUGUUCAACGCAGGCCAUAUGGUGCCUAUGGACCAGCCUGAAGUAGCUUUGGCGAUCGUCGAUAGUUUCUUGCGUAACGAAGAGCUGUAAAUUGAAUACUCUGUACUUGAAGUAAAUCCCAACUUGAAGUGUAUAUCAACAAGACUAUACAUGCA